UCACGCUAUUUACAGGGAGGGGGCACUAGCGUAGGCAAACUCUGAGCUCUGACUAUCAAGCCCUGCUAAAUCAUCGCUCUCUCCAAGGAAACAAAACAAUAUAGAAUUGGGUUGACGGCGUGCAACAAGCAUAGACCCUCACUCGACACAACAGCGCGCUUUCCCGUGGAAUGAGCGUUCCAUGCAGCAUCCUAGGUAUGAAUGACGUGGCCUGGCAGGAGACAAGAGGUGGGAUGCUGCAUGCAAAUGGUGCUCCUGAGACUGGAGGUGUCAGAGUUCAUGGUGGAGGGCCCCUAGCCACAGUGGGGGGAGCUGGACAGGCCCCUGGAGUUCCACAUUUACAGGGCAUGGACAGGGUAGUUAACCCCACCCCAGGUACCCCACAACCUCCGCUGAGUGGACGAUCACAGGAUGACGCCACAGUUGGAUACUUCUUUCAGAGGCAGCCUGGAGAGCAACUUGGAGGUUGCACACCCAGCAAGCAUCGCUGGCCAACUGGAGAUGCCAAUCAUGUUGAUCAGGUCCGUGCUGUGGAUGAAAUGAACUAUGACUUCCAAGCUCUUGCUUUGGAGUCAAGGGGCAUGGGAGAGCUUCUGCCAGCAAAAAAGCUCUGGGAUUCUGAUGAAUUGGCCAAAGAUGGAAGGAAAGGGAUGCUUCUUGGAGAGGAGUGGAGGGACAAUGCAUGGGGAUCAUCUCAUCAUUCAGUGUCUCAGCCAAUCAUGGUGCAGCGGCGACCAGGCCAGAGUUUCCAUGGGAAUGGUGAUGCCAAUUCUGUGCUUUCGCCUCGCUCAGAAGGUGGAGGCCUGGGGGUGAGCAUGGUAGAGUACGUCCUGAGCUCCUCUCCUGGUGACAAGAUGGAUGGUCGCUACAGGAAUGGUGGCUAUGGUGGAGAAGAUGUUGACCAGGAUGGGAGAGAGAAGGGUGACGCCCAGGAGAAGGUGUCCCCCUUUGAAGAAGACAAGAGCACAGAGAUGAAGGUGGGAGAGGAGAGUGAUCCCGCUAAAGCCAAUGGUAGAGGUCUACUAAACGGCAUGGACAGAGACUGCAAAGAUUUCAAUCCAACCCCUGGAAGCCGUCAAGCUUCCCCCACUGAGGCUGUGGAGAGGAUGGGUCCCAGUCAGACUGGUUUGGAGAUGAUGGGCCAGCACCACCACCACCAUCACCACCCCCACCACCACCCCCAUGCCCUCCACCAACACAACCCCGGCCAAAACAAAGCCCCAGCCGAGGAAUUCCAUAACCAGGAGACUCAGAACAUGGGGGGUAUGGAGCAGCAAGCUGGUGUGGAGUCCCUCCAGUUUGACUAUGCUGGAAACCAGAUUCAGGUGGACUCCUCAGGGACCCCCGUAGGAUUGUUUGACUACAACUCUCAGCAGCAGUUGUUCCAGAGAUCUAAUACCCUGACUGUUCAGCAGCUCACUGCAGCUCAGCAACAACAAUAUGCCCUGGCUGCAGCCCAGCAGCAGCAUCUCGCUGGUCUUGCUCCUGCAUUUGUGCCAAACCCUUACAUCAUCAAUGCUCCCCCUGGAACCGAUCCUUACACAGCCGCUGGGCUGGCAGCAGCAGCCACGCUUGCAGGCCCCACAGUGGUUCCACCUCAGUACUAUGGCGUUCCUUGGGGUGUGUACCCAGCCAAUCUUUUCCAGCAACAGGCUGCAUCAACUGCCAAUCACUCUGCUAAUCAGCAAGCAUCCAAUCAGGGACCAGGGCCAGGUCAACAACAGGUGAUGCGCACAGGAUCCAACCAGCGACCUCUUACACCUGGGCAAGGCCAACAGAGUCAGCAGGAAUCUCUAGCGGCAGCAGCUGCAGCAAACCCUGCAUUGGCGUAUGCAGGAAUGUCUGGUUAUCAGGUCUUGGCCCCUGCGGCCUAUUAUGACCAGACUGGGGCCCUAGUGAUGGGCCCUGGUGCCCGAACUGGUCUAGGUGGGCCAGUCCGUCUAGUCCAGACCCCUCUCCUCAUCAACCCUGCAGCAGCACAAGCUGCAGCUGCGGUAUCAGCAUCUGGCUCCGGUAACAACAUGUCUGGUCCUCCCGCCAACGGGCUGUACCGCUCCAUGCCUCAACCUCAACCCCAGCCACCGCAGCAGCAGGCUCCCCCACAAAACAGCGGCCUUCCCUCCAGCUCAUUUUACGGCUCUGGAUCAGUCCCUAACACGUCUCAGAGCAGCUCCCUUUUCUCACACACCUCUGCUGCACCACCAAGCUCCUCCCUGGGCUUCAGCAGUACUGGUGGCUCCCUUGGCGUAGGCCUGGGCUCUGCUCUUGGAGGCUUUGGUUCUUCUGUAUCCAGCUCUACCAGUAGCAGCGUAUCUCGCAGGGACUCCCUGUUGGCGAGUUCUGAUCUAUAUAAACGUGGUGGCAGCAGUUUAACUCCCAUCGGCCAGCCCUUUUACAACAGCCUGGGUUACUCCUCUUCACCCAGUCCCAUUGGCCUCACACCAGGUCACUCCCCACUCACUCCUCCACCCUCUCUGCCCUCCUCUCAUGGAUCUUCUUCCAGCCUUCACCUCGCUGCCACCACUACAACAGUAUCCGGUCAUUCUGUAAUCCUAGGUGGCCUGACGAAUGGCAGCGGGCGUUACAUUUCUGCAGCACCUGGAGCUGAGGCCAAGUACCGGAGCGCCGGCGGGACAUCCAGUCUCUUCAAUUCCAGCAGCCAGCUGUUCCCUCCAUCUAGGCCCCGCUACAGUCGUUCUGAUGUCAUGCCGUCCGGACGCAGCCGCCUACUAGAAGACUUUAGGAACAACCGCUUCCCAAACCUCCAACUCCGUGACCUGCCAGGACACAUGGUGGAGUUCUCUCAAGACCAGCAUGGAUCCAGAUUUAUCCAGCAGAAGCUUGAGAGGGCUACUCCUGCUGAGAGGCAGAUGGUGUUUGGAGAGAUUCUGCAAGCAGCAUACCAACUGAUGACUGAUGUUUUUGGGAACUAUGUGAUCCAAAAGUUCUUUGAGUUUGGAAGUGCAGACCAGAAGCUUGCUUUGGCAACACGUAUCCGUGGGCACGUCCUUCCCCUGGCUUUGCAGAUGUAUGGAUGCAGGGUCAUUCAAAAAGCCCUGGAGUCCAUUUCCUCAGACCAGCAGGUAAUUAGCGACAUUGUCCGUGAGCUGGAUGGUCACGUGUUGAAGUGUGUGAAGGACCAGAAUGGAAACCAUGUGGUGCAGAAGUGUAUUGAAUGUGUUCAGCCCCAGGCCCUACAGUUCAUUAUUGAUGCCUUCCAGGGACAGGUGUUUGUGCUUUCUACACACCCGUAUGGCUGCAGAGUCAUCCAAAGGAUUUUGGAGCACUGCACCCAGGAGCAGACUCUUCCCAUCCUGGAAGAGCUGCAUCAGCACUCUGAACAGCUGGGCCAGAAAUAUCAAGGCGUAUCAUUGGAGAUGACACCCAAAACAUAUUAUACAGUGUCCCGCGAUGCACUGUUCAAGGAUCAGUAUGGUAACUACGUCAUUCAGCAUGUUUUGGAGCACGGCAGACCAGAAGAUAAGAGCAAGAUAGUCGCAGAGGUUCGCGGAAAGGUUCUUGUGCUCAGCCAACACAAAUUUGCAAGUAAUGUUGUGGAGAAGUGUGUGAUCCACUCUUCGCGUGCAGAGAGAGCUCUGCUGAUAGAUGAAGUGUGCUGCCAGAAAGACGGGCCCCACAGCGCACUGUACACCAUGAUGAAGGACCAGUAUGCCAACUAUGUUGUCCAAAGAAUGAUUGACAUGGCCGAACCUGCCCAGCGUAAAAUCAUCAUGCACAAGAUCCGGCCUCACAUUGCCACUUUACGCAAGUACACUUACGGAAAGCACAUUCUGGCCAAGCUAGAAAAGUACUACAUGAAGAGCGGUUCUGAACUGGGUCCCAUCGGUGGUCCCACUAAUGGCCUCAUGUAGUCAUGCUGACAUCCUGGGUCCCCUGAAGAAGUGGAGGAGUAGGAGCCCCAAACCCCCCUGUUCUGUGAGAGAUACUCCUUAGUCCUAGGGGUUAGCCUUUGACACCCUCUGUCAUGCCAUUUUUGGGGGAAUUACCAAAAAAACACAAGGCAAGAAAAGGACAAGUCAACUUCACCUAAGAACGCUGUGACAACUGAUCCCUGCCACUCUGCCACCCCUGGUGCAGGUCCCCAGCGUGGCCCCCAGCGGACGUACAGUCAGCAGAAUGAUUUCUUUUUUUCCCUGGGUAAAGCACAAACCCAUUGUUAAUGAUGUAAUUGAUGUAUUUGACUGGUUUUCAUAUUAUCUUGUACAUUUAGUUUUUUACCUUGUAAAUUCUCUGUAGAAAAAAAAAACCAUACACAUUUGCUGAAAUUUACAAUUCCUACAAUUAACACCAGCAAGUGAUUUUUAUAAGGCUAAACAGAGUAAUCCUUUUAAAAAAACAAUUCCAUUUGUUUUUGUAACCAGACUUAUUAUGUCAGCUGUUCUAAUUAAGUCUAGGCAAUUGAAUACUAUAUUUGUAUAUUAUCCCAUGCACAGUAAAAAGUGUUUACCCAUGCCAAAGCAGCUAAUGGAUUGGUUUUCAAAUAGCACUACAUAGUAUGGAUGGAUAUAAACCCCUCUGUCCGCAGAUGAGUACUAUGUGUGUCACACCACAGUCACCCAGAGGUCUUUAAGACCAGUUUGCGAGCUUGGCUUUGAGGAUUGGUGCUUUAGUCUAGAGUAAUGUUUUCCAUUGGUGGCUUUUUCUUGCCGCCUUUCCUAGGCUGAUCGAGGGCAUGCAUUUACCCCAGCAGUGUGUCUGCCUGAUGUUUCGGUACUAAAUAUUACAGACUGACCAACCUGAGCUGCUGUAUCCACCUGAGCGCAUAUAUAUAUAUUUUUUUUGCCGUCUUUCCCUCAUCCAGGCGAUUACUCGGGGGGGGGGGGGGGGUAUGCAAGAUAAAAGCUACCAUUAACUUAUAGAAGCAGAGCAAUGAGGUUUGGUUGUACAGCGGGCGUAUCACCUCGUAUAAUCUUAACAUGAAAUGACCGUAGGGGGGGGGGCUUUUUGUGGGGCUACUGGGGCGGGAGUGGGCUAUGUGUUGGCAUGCUGUGACAGGUUUUUAAUCCUUGGAAUGAUUUUUUUUCUUUAUCAUGUUUUGUGUAACAUCUUAUCUGUCUUGUAGUUUGAGAUGAACACUGCCCUAGAAAAAGGUAUCUUUAUGUACUGCGUAGAAGUAGUUUAGCGAUGUAUAGCAUCUUUAUGUAUGAGUAAAUUGUUGCUUUUGGGUAGGGGGCUUGCAGCAAUGAUGGGACCCCCACCACCUGAAGUUCAGAGUAGUCCAAAAAAAGUGUUGAGAAAUGGAGCUUAUCCCAGCUUUGUACAUCUGAGGUGAAAUUAACUAGAACCACUGGGAUAUGUUGAAGAAAGGGAUGCUGAAAGAACCUUUUUUUAAAUGGUUCUGUUUUUGUUUUUUUUUGUUUUUUUUAAAGUUUCAUCUUUUCAUUUGGAUGGGUAUGCAAGUGCAUUGGUGGAGGCUGGUGGGGCCAUCGAAAGCUAUACAAUUCACCUGUAAUGCUCGUAGUGAUGGCUUCUUUGCUUCAUAUGAAUAAUUGUAGAAUACAUGUAGUAUAUGUGCAGUUAAUAAGUGUAAGAUUAUUAGUUUAAUUGAGGAAAAAAAAAAAGUCUAGUCGUGGUGUUUGACAGGCCUUGCUCUAAAUUUGUAGUGAUGCUUUUAUUUCGUCUGUACAGUUGUACAUUUGUAAACGUUUAUGCUGUAAAUGGGAUGUCUUUUACACUUUUUGGGGAGAAAAGGCAAAAAUGUGCAUUUUGAUGUGUGUGUAUAUUCAUCACUCCUUUCCCCUUGAAUAUAAUGUAUACAGUUUUAUUUGAUCAAGUGUUAUUUUAAAGAGAAACUUUAUGGCUUCACAAUCUGGCAUGUUUUUUUUUUUGUUUUUCCGUUUUUAAUCCGCUAUGGGAAAGGCCAGCCUCUAUUUGUACCAGAGCUGUAACAUCCACUGUUAGUCUUUCUGAUGUGUGACCGUUUAAAAAGAAGAAAAACACUCUACUAAAACUGAGGCUGCAUUUAGUCCUCUCUGCUACCAUGGAAACUUCACAGGAUAUGACAAGAAUUAUUUUUGUACAGAAGAGUGCUGUAUUUUGGAAACAGCUACUACCUUGUAAGCAAACGCAAUGUAAAAUAUUGUCAAUUAUAUAAAUAUGAACAUAUGAGUUUUGUCACACUGUCAAAGUCAUGUACAUUUUCAGGUGGCCUUAUGUACAUUUCCAGAUGUUAGAUGAAGAAAACAAACUCAUUUUUGGAAGCAGAAUUGUGACUAUGUAUGAUUAAACUGUUCUUCUAACAUUUGA